UCAUCAUUUGGUGUCAUCUCUCGAUCARCAAUGAAGUUCGUAUUCUUUACAGCGUUAAGUUUGGUUUCUUUGUUUAAUGGUGCUGUCCAAGGGCUGCCAAGAGACAAUAUCCCACCGGCUAUCCGGUGCCCCGAUAGUAUGGUAGUGAAUUCAAGGCAGAGUUCAACGAUUGUUUGCUGGCCAUUUCCCAAAGCUACAGACGAAUCCGGUAACCCAUCRGUAACGUGCUCGCACAAAGCUGGUCUACAACUGCAAACACCAAGUACAACGAUCAUCAAAUGUGAAGCUAAAGACGCAGCCGGGAAUAAAGCCUCUUGUAGCUUUAGAAUUGACGUUAAAGAUAUCGCUCCACCAAAGAUAAUAUGCCCUGCUGAUCAGGAAAUCAACACUGGUUCCUCAAGUACUUUCCGAAUCAACUGGAAUGAUCCUAAGGUAACUGACAAUUCAAACAUGCCCCCUACUGUUCGGCCGUCUUAUCAACGCGGCUCAUUGGUCCAUAGUCCAGGCGUUUACACAAUAUCAUACCAAGCGAUCGACGCCUCGGCAAAUCAGGCUACAUGCUCCUUCACCAUCAAACUUACAGUCCCUGAUUGCAAAGURAAGAUUCCUCCUCCAGUUAACGGUGCCGUAGCUUGUUGGAAUUAUCAAGGGAGUAAUGUAUGCACAGUUUCAUGUAACAACAAUUUCGACUUUUCCUUCAAGCCAUCAAGGAUUUACGUCUGUUCCCGCGGGACGUGGCGCRCAUUUAGUAUACUCGGUGGAAGCAAUAGUGUCCAGUGGCCAGAUUGCUCAGUCAAAUCCUCAGGAAUGAAAAMGAUGCCAGUGCAAUUCUAUUACACAGGAGAUUCCMAAGAUCCCAAUGUCAUUGCUCWAAUCAAACAWAACGGUCUCGCAGUACUCCGAUCUCCAUWCUCUCCACCAUUCUUCUGCACGAUGCAUCCAAACUGCAAUGUCCAAAAUAUCCAAGUUCAURCCGGMAAGAAAUCAACGGCAUGAUUUUAUGUUCUUGAAAACUCCAUUUUACAGUUCCAAGCUUCAUCUUGAAAGGUAACCAGGCCUUUGCGUCAAAGCGAGGCAGUUCGGAGUUGAGCCUGCACUGAUAGAUACCUUUUGAUCACACCUAAGACAAUUACUAAUUGUCAGGUAUCUAUCAUUGUAAGCUCAACUUCUGUCUCGCUUUGAUUCAAAGUCUCGGCUACCUUUCAAGAUGSCGCUUUGAACUCUAAAAUGAAGUAUUGAUAUCAAAUGAAAAUGAAAAUGAUAAUUAUUGAUUAAUAUUAAAAGUAUCUUUAAUAAUCAACUGUAGUGGGUUAUAAUAGGCUAAUAAAGCAUAAAUMUUGGGUUUGCAAUCUUCUUUCAUAUUUUGACUGUAUUCCU